GUAUAGAAAUGUUCAAGCAAUACGCAGUGGACGAGGUUCUUGGAGCCUACCCUAAUACAAGGACAAAGGACAGGUACUAAGAGGAGGUAGAACUUGAAGUCCCGCUCAAAAUAUCAGCUUCAAAAGGAAAUCUGUGGAUGCUAGUAGUCCUACCAGCCAGGUACCCUGAGCAAAGACCUAUAAUGCAAAUUAUAAAGGCUAAGGUUAGUCAUAGGUAUAUUGGAGAGAAUUACCAAAUAUAUCAUCCUUCUUUGGACAACUGGACACAACAGUCUUCCCUGCUAUUUGCAAUCCGAGCGAUUCAUUCAGAAUUUGAUCGGGUUCCACCCCAGCUAGCUUAUGAUGAGGAAGUAAAAUUUGGAGCUGGCUUGGACUCAAAAGGAGAACCCAUGCGUUACUCUAAGAACUUUGAACAGAUCUGUGACCAGCUAGAAGGAAUGACUAACCAAGAGCUCAAAGAUCUGCUUAAUGAAGACAUGGACACUUUUACUGAUAAUAUUCAGGGGAUUAAAACUCAGGCUGAGGAAAAUCUCCGUUUAAAGGAUGAAAUUGAGGAAUCUUAUGAAAAUUACCUUAAAAUCAGAAAGGAAUAUGAUAGUCUUAAGGAACAGGAGCAGGAAAUUAUGAUGAAGCUUAGUAAAGAGAAUAUAAUCGCUGCUCUUGAUAAUAAAAUCGACGAAAACCGCGAAAAAUGUGACCAAUCCAAAGAAAGCUUCGUCGCUGGUGAAAUCCAAUUCAACGAAUACAUGAACGAAUACCGUAAAGCUCUUGAACAAGUCCAUAAAUUCGAAAUCAUAAAGCAAAAGUUAGAGUAACUCUCUAAAUUUC